AUGGAGUGUCGUCUGCAGCCUGGACCCCAGCAGAGGCCAGGCCUGGGCGCUCUCAUUGCCUGGUCUCAAACAGGCUCUCCUCUAUCUUCACAGCGAAUGACAGAAAAGAAGGCCUUUUUCUGGCGGGACUUCCAUGAAGUGAUACGGGACUGGGAACGAACAAUGGAUCAAAGCUUUUUUGGAGGAGCGCCUAGGUUUCUCACCCGUCCAAAGGCAUUCUCAGUGUGUGUAGGGAAGGAUGCCACACUCAGCUGCACGAUUGUGGGCAGCCCCACCCCGCUGAUUACCUGGGAAAAAGAGAAGCUCAAGCUGACCUCUGGGGGCCGCUUUAAGACCGUGGAGGAUGGAGAUGUGUACCGCCUGACCAUCUACGACCUAACGCUUGACGACAGUGGACAGUACAUGUGUCGAGCCAAAAACAAUGUCGGGGAAGCUUACGCUGCUGUGACUCUCAAAGUGGCCCUGCCGUCGGAGAUAUCUCAAAGAGCCCCUGUUUUCAUGGUGAAACCCACUUCCACGCGUGUGGCUUUAGGAGGCGAUGUCGUGUUCCUCUGCCGCGUCGCAGCUCACCCUGAGGCCAACUUUGACUGGGAGAAAGACGGGCGCUACCUUGGGGAGACUAACCGCAUCAAGAUAGUCUCUGACAGUGACAGCAGCACCCUAAAGAUCCAAAGCGUUCGGAACUUGGACAGCGGCACGUACACUUGCAGAGCCCAGAACUCUGUGGGCCGUGCCCAUACUGCUGCGACUCUGGCUGUGGAUGCUCAGGAUGCUCGUCAUAUAGCCGGAGACAAGCCCACCUCCCUUCUCUCUCACCUGCAAAAGCGCAAGGAGGAAAUGAAGAAAGACAUCUCCAUCUAUCGCACUGAGGAAAGCAGCACCUCGGUUUCUUCCACCUCCACAGCUAACAUGAUAGAUUCAUUGAGUUCAUACAAUCUGGAGCAUGAGCUGAGAGCAUCUGCUCUUGCGAAGCUUCCUAAAGGUGUAUUUACUCGUACCUGCACAGUGACAGAGGGCAAGCAUGCCAAACUCAGCUGCUUUGUGACGGGUCACCCCAAGCCACAUAUUAUCUGGAGGAAGGAUGGGACAAACAUCAGCGAGGGCCGUAGGCACGUCAUUUAUGAGGACCAAGCCGAGAACUUCAUCCUUAAGAUCCUCUAUUGCAAGCAGAGUGACAACGGUCUCUAUACCUGCAAUGCAACUAAUAUGGCUGGGCAGACCUACAGUGCCGUGUUGGUAACGGUCAAAGAACCUAAGGUGCCAUUCAGGAGAAAGCUGCAGGAUGUGGAGGUGCAAGAAAAAACCUCCGCCUUGCUCAUGUGUGAGGUACCUCUUAUUGCAACACAGGCCAACUGGUUCAUGGAGGAAACUAGAAUCGAGGAAGGUACAAAAUAUCGCAUGGAGGAGGACGGCACCCUACGUCGUCUCACCAUACAUAACGUCACCACGAAUGAUGAUGGCGUUUAUAUCUGCGAGAUGAAGGAGGGAAGCCGCACCGUGGCCGAGCUCACUGUCCUGGGUAACAUCACAAGGAAGCUUCCUCGAAGGACAGUAGUUCCUGUCAGCGACACCGUCAUCUUUUGUGUUGAGCUGGAGCAUCCCUGCCCCGAUGCGUACUGGACUCGCAAUGGCGAGAGGUUGAAGGAAGACUCUCGAAUUUCUAUUGCCUGUGUGCUUAGACAAUACACACUCACAAUUAGAGAGUGCCAGGCGGAAGACUCGGGAGAAGUGGCUUUUGUGGCUGGAGACUGCAAGACGUCCACACGAUUCUCUCAUCCUCCUGAUCCCCCCGUCGAUGCUGUGGUGCAGAGCAAGACUGACUCUUCCAUUACCAUUCAGUGGUCUCCCCCUGACAGUGAUCGCCCAGUACCCAUCAAAAGCUACAUCGUGGAGAGGAGGAAGGUUGGUACAUCUACUUGGCAGAGAUGCAACGCUGGAGAAAUAAUUGUUUCAACAGAGAUCAGAAUCUGCAACUUCUCUGAGGAAGCCAGCUACCAAUUUCGUAUCUCUGCCACAAAUGACUUUGGUCAGAGUUCUUAUCUGGAGGUGCCAGGAACCUUCUAUCUUGAACCCACUGCAGAUAUCAGGAAAGGUCUGAUUAACAGCACUGCGGUCUCCAGUGAGGAGUUCUCUAUCUCUGUGGAACUGUCCGCUGUUUGCUCAGGCUUUUGGUCCCUGAAUGGGCGCCUCCUGCGCAGUGGAGCCGACUACCUCAUCACAAGAUCAAAGACCAUUCACACGCUGCUCAUCCGUUUCGUGACCAUGGAAAUGGAUGGUGCUGAGGUCAAAUUUGUGGGUGGAGGCUCAGAGAGCAGUUGUAUUCUAUCUGUGAAGGCCCCAUCUAUUAGGUUCACCAACAAGUUGGAUCAUCCAGAUGUCGUGAGUUGCAGUGUCCAAGAUACAGCUCAGCUGACUGCCGAGGUGUCAGAUUAUGAUGCACAGGUAGUUUGGAUGAAGAAUGGACGUGAAGUAAAAAUGGGCAAGAAGUAUGAAUAUGUGAUUAAAGACCGGAAGAGGAUCCUGAUGGUCCACAAUGUUACAGAUGAAGAUGUGGGCAUUUAUGAGUGUGCUCUGGCUGAGGACAGGAUGCCCAUUCAACUCACCCUUAAAGAUGAACCUCCCAAAUUUCUAAAUAAAGCCAGAGGUACCAUGGGAUUGUCAUCAACCCUUAAAGGAGAUCUUGAGCUGAGCUGUGAGGUAUCUCCUGUCAGCACGAUGGUUGUGUGGAAAAAGGAUCAAGUACAGAUCACUGAGGACCAAAGAACUACCAUCAUCUCCAAAGGGACUCAAAGGAAACUUAUAAUCAAGAAUGCCAAGAAAAGUGAUGAAGGACAAUAUUCCUGUGAGACAGGAGCUGACAAAGUCACAUUCCAGGUCAAGAUUAAAGAGGCUCAAUCACUCUUCUUAAAUAAGGAGUCUGUCCAAAAGGAGGUGAAAGCAACUCUCUCUGAGAAAGCCACCAUGAACUGUGAGGUAGCUGAUGAAAAGACAGAGGUGAAAUGGUACAAAGAUGGUGUGAUACUGACUUCCGGCAAGACAGUCCACACUGAAUCAAAAGGCAAGAGUCGCCAGUUGGUGAUAGACAGCGUGGAGAAGAAAGAUGCUGGAGAGUACAUCUGCCAAGCUGGUUCUGAGAAGCUGACCUUUAAGGUCCACGUAGCAGAGGCGCAAUCAGCCUUUCUUAACAAGGAGUCAGUUCAAAGGGAUACGAGAGCCAUUUUAUCACAGAAGGCCACACUUAGCUGUGAGGUUUCUGAUUCUAAGACAGAGGUAAAGUGGUACAAAGGCGGCAAGCAGAUAAAUUCCAGUAAGACAGUACAUGGAGAAUCUAAUGGCAAAAGUCGCCUGCUGGUGAUAGACAGUGUUGAGAAGAAAGAUGCUGGAGAGUACAUCUGUGAGGCUGGGAAUGAAAAGCUUUUCUUCAAACUGGAGGUGGCAGAUACACAAGUCCAGUCUGCCUUCUAUAAAAAGGAGUCUGUCCAAAAGGAGGUGAAAGCCACUCUCACUCAGAAAGCCACCAUGAGCUGUGAGGUAGCUGAGUCAAAGACAGAGGUGAAAUGGUACAAAGAUGGCAAGCUGAUCACAUCCAGCAAGACAGUGCACACAGAAUCAAAAGGCAAGAGUCGCCAGCUGGUGAUUGACAGCGUGGAAAAGAAAGACGCUGGAGAGUACAUGUGUGAGGCUGGGACCGAAAAGCUUGUCUUCAAACUGGAGUUGGCAGAUACACAGGUCCAGUCUGCCUUUUAUAAGAAGGAGUCUGUCCAAAAGGAGGUGAAAGCCACUCUCACUCAGAAAGCCACCAUGAGCUGUGAGGUAGCUGACUCAAAGACAGAGGUGAAAUGGUACAAAGAUGGCAAGCUGAUCACUUCCAGCAAGACAGUGCACACAGAAUCAAAAGGCAAGAGUCGGCAGCUGGUGAUAGACAGCGUGGAGAAGAAAGAUGCUGGAGAGUACAUCUGUGAGGCUGGCACAGAGAAAUUGGCUUUUAAAAUGCACCUUGAAGAGGUUCAGUUCAAAUCAGCCUUCUCCAGCAAGGAAUCAGUCCAAAAGGAGGUAAAAGCCACUCUCUCCCAGAAAGCCACCCUGAGCUGUGAGGUAGCUGAUGUUAAGUCAGAAGUGAAGUGGUACAAGGAUGGCAAGCAGCUGACUCCCAGCAAAUCACUUCACGUAGAGGCAAAGGGCAAGAAUCGCCAGUUGGUGAUAGACAGUGUAGAGAAUAAAGAUGCUGGAGAGUACAUCUGUGAGAUUGGGACCGAAAAGCUUGUCUUCAAACUGGAGGUGGCAGAUACACAAAUCCAGUCUGCCUUCUAUAAAAAGGAAUCUGUCCAAAAGGAGGUGAAAGCCACUCUCACUCAGAAAGCCACCCUGAGCUGUGAGGUAGCUGAGUCAAAGACAGAGGUGAAAUGGUACAAAGAUGGCAAGCUGAUCACUUCCAGCAAGACGGUGCACACAGAAUCAAAAGGCAAGAGUCGGCAGCUGGUGAUAGACAGCGUGGAGAAGAAAGACGCUGGAGAGUACAUGUGUGAGGCUGGGACCGAAAAGCUUGUUUUCAAACUGGAGACAGCAGAAAUUCAAUUCAAAUCAGUCUUCUCCAACAAGGAGUCUAUCCAAAAGGAGGUAAAAGCCAAUCUCUCCCAGAAAGCAACCCUUAGCUGUGAGGUAGCUGAUGUGAAGUCAGAAGUGAAGUGGUACAAGGAUGGCAAGCAGCUGACAUCUAUCAAAUCAGUUCACGUAGAGGCAAAGGGAAAGAAUCGCCAGUUGGUGAUAGACAGUGUGGAGAAGAAAGAUGCUGGAGAGUACAUCUGUGAGGCUGGUUCUGAGAAGUUGGUAUUUAAGAUACAAGUGGCAGAACCACCUGCUAGCUUCUCUAACAAGGAGUCGGUCCAGAAAGAGGUGAAAGCUUCUCUUUCCCAGAAAGCCACUUUGAGUUGUGAGGUUUCAGAUUCCAAAACAGAGGUGAAGUGGUACAAAGAUGGCAAGCUGCUCACUUCCAGCAAGAUUAUCCACAUGGAGUCAAAGGGCAAAGGUCGUGAGCUGGUGAUAGAAAAGAUGGAGAAAAAGGACGCAGGAGAAUACACUUGUGAAGCUGGAACCGAGAAGCUAAUAUUUAAACUUCAUUUGACAGAUGUAUCUGUCAAAUUCCAGAAAAAGCUUAUCAAAGACACAAUAACGGUCCAAACAAGUGAAAACAUUGUUUUAACCACUGAGCUGACCACUGACAUUGGCAAUGUAAAGUGGUUUAGAGAUGGUGUGGAGCUCAAGGAGAGCAGCAAGUAUGAAAUGAAAAAAGAUGGAAUCAGUCGUACUCUGACAGUGAAAUCUGCUGAGACCAAAGACACUGGAACAUACUCCUGUCAAACCGCUGACGACAAAAUGGAGUUCAAAGUUCAAGUGAAAGAUUCAGCUUUGAAGUUUGCUGUGCCUCUGAAACAUGCUACUGUGGAGCUGGGAGGCUCACUUAGCCUGAUUUGUGAACUAAAUCAGGCCUCUGGGGACGUUGUGUGGCAACAUAAUGGCCGUGAGAUUAAGCCCGGCAGCAGGCCCUGUAUCAGAACAGAUGGAGCCAAGCGAGUUCUUACUCUGGCAAAUAUGACUAAGGAAGAUGAAGGAGAAUAUAGCUGUGAAUGUAAAAAUGACAAGACCUCUGCUAAAGUAACAUCUAAAGCACCAAGACAAGUGAGGCUAACCACCAAACUCAACAAUGUAGCUGCAAUGGAGCGAAAGGAUGCCAUUUUCAAAUGUGCCGUCACUCCAGCAGACGUCAGCGUAAAGUGGUUUCACAACAGUAUACCCAUCACAGCUGGACCCAAGUACAAGAUUGAGCAUGGUGGUGGGAGUUACUCUCUUACCAUCACAUCUGUCUCCCAGGAAGAUGCAGGAGAGAUUAGUGUUGAUGCUGAAGGCAAAAGCUGCAAAGCUACCCUCCAAGUACAACGUGAACCUGUCACAUUUAAGAAAAAAAUGGAAAACUUGACAGUGGAGGAACAAAGUGAAGCAAGCCUGCAAGUGGAGCUCAGCAGGGUUUCAGAUGAAGUCAAAUGGAUGAAAAACAGUGUGGUGCUGCAGCCUGCAGGAAAUGUACAGAUAACGGUUGAUGGAACUAAGCAGGCUUUGAUCUUCAAAUGUGUAACUUAUGCUGACCGAGGCAUCUACUCUUGUGAGACACUGGAUGACAAGACCCAGGCCAAGCUCACCGUUGAGAUGAGGAAGAUUCAAGUGCUAAAGGGUUUAUCAGAAACCAAAGUACAUGAAACAGAGACAGUAACACUUGAAGUCGAGCUCAGUCAGGCUGAUGCUGAAGGGUCAUGGACCAGAGAUGGGGCCAAGUUAAAGCCAGGAACAAAUUGCCGCGUUACAGCCCUGGGAAAGAAGCACGCCCUUACAUUAUCCAAUCUCAAGAGGGAGGACGCUGGAACUAUUGCCUUUCAAGCUGAGGGAAUCCAUACGUCAGGCAAACUGAUUGUCACAGAACCUCCUGCCAUGAUAUCUACACCUAUGGUGGACAACAGUGUUCCUGAGAAGGAUAAAGCUACUUUUGAAUGUGAAGUGUCUAGAACCAAUGCAGAUGUUAGAUGGUUCAAGGAUGAUGUAGAGCUUAAACCAGGGAAGAACAUUAGCAUUCAUUCCUUGGGCCGAAAGCGCUCGUUGAUCAUCAACAAAUGCACGCCAGAAGAUGGAGGCACUUACGUCUGUCGCACCACUGAUGAUAACACCUCCGCCAAGCUUACUGUUCAUGCCAGAGAUAUCAAGAUUCUGAAGAAGCUAGGGGAUGUGGAGGUGAUGGAGAAAGAGAGUGCUGCGUUUACCUGUGAAAUCUCACAUGAUGACGUAGAGUGCCACUGGUACAAAGGAAACACCAAACUCAAAGGCAGCGACAACAUCAAGAUGAGACAAGAGGGAAGAACCUACAUACUGCUGUUCAAAUGUGUUACCCCUGAUGAUACGGGUGAGAUUAAAUUUACAGCUGAGAAAGUAUCUUCAGCUGCAAAACUGAAGGUGAAAGAGCUGCCUGUCAAGUUUGUGAAGAAACUCAGGGAUAAGAUAGCGAUGUACAAGCAUCGUGGUCAUCUUGAAUGCCAAGUGUCACGGGCCAGUGCAAAAGUGAAAUGGUUCAAAAACAAGAUGGAGGUCAAAUCAAGCAAAAAGUAUGAGAUUAAAAGUGAAGAUGUGUACCGGAAGCUCACCAUCAAUGACGUGGACUCUGGGGAUGAAGACACAUAUACCUGCGAUGCUACUGAUGACAAGACAUCAUGUAAACUACUUGUGGAAGAGCAGUCCAUCAGCAUAGUACGAGAGCUCAGUUCAGUAGAGGUGACAGAGCCCUUUGCAGCUGUUUUCGAGGUUGAGAUUAGUAUGGAACUGGUGAAACCUCCUAUAUGGACUUUGAGUGGAGUUCCUGUGCACGAGGGUGCUGAUAUUGAGUUGGAGAAGGAAGGCACCAUGCAUCGCCUCACUUUCAAAAAGACAAAAGCAUCAAUGACAGGACCUGUGCAGUUUACAGCUGGGAAGAGCAAAUCCUCUUCAACCCUCACAGUCAAGGAGCGUCCGCUUGAGAUUGCAGAGCCCAUCAAAGAUGUGAAGGCAAAAGAGAAAAACUCUGCCGUACUCACCUGCAAAUUCUCUGUCCCGCCCAAGGAGGUUAAAUGGUUCAAAGGUCAGGUACCUCUGGCAGCUUCUGACAAGUACAGCAUGAAGCAAGAUGCCACAAGAGCCCAACUAACCAUUCAGCGGUUGACGGAGGAGGACAGUGGAGAGUAUUGCUGUGAGUCAGGCCCUGCACAGACCAAAGGAACCCUUAGCGUCGAAGUGCGUGAAAUUAAGAUCACCAAGCACCUGGCUGACACAGAGGUUGAUGAAGAUAGUGAUGCUGUGUUCACAUGUGAGAUUAACUAUGAAGAUGAAGGGGUGCAGUGGCUUCUGAAUAACAAAGUGCUCUUCACUAAUGAAGUCAACACCAUCACACAUGAGGGGAAGGUCCACAAGGUCACGCUGAAGAACUUGGCACCUCAGGAUGGGGGAACCAUCACUAUUCAAGUCCGCAAACUGACAGAGUCUGUCACACUCAAGGUCAAAGAGAAGCGUGCCGCAUUCCUCAAGUCACUAGAUGAUGUCAUUGGAGAAGAGAAGGGCAUGAUAACUCUGGCAUGCGAAGCAUCAAAGCCAAGGGUUUCCCCAAUAUGGAGAAAAGAAGGAAACGUUUUAAAAGCAGGACCAAAAUAUGAGCUCCUUCACACAGGAAAGUCUUUGGGACUGAUCAUCAAAGAUGUCACCAAAGAGGACGCUGGGGAGUACAGUUGUGAUCUUGGCACUGAGGUCUCUAAGUCAAAGGUCACUGUAAGAGAAAUUGGUAUUGGAAUAACAAAAUGGCUGAAAUCAGCUGAGGUAAAUGAAGGAGACACAUGCAGCUUUGAGUGCAUUAUAUCUCGUGAGAGCAAAGAUGAGUGCACAUGGAAUCUUAAUGGCCAAACAAUUUCGAAUGGAGGCCGCUUUAAGAUCUCCAGUCAGGGACGCAAAUACAUGCUGAGUAUAAAGGAUGUCACGCCUGCUGAUUCUGGUGAGGUGGUAUUCAGCAUUAAGGACCUGAGCUCCAAGACAUCAUUAACAGUUGAAGGACAAGCUUCGUCUAUCUCCAAAGGACUUCAGAGUUUAUCUGUGGCUCAAGGCGAAGAUGCUCUUUUCACCUGUGAGGUGAUACAGGCUCGUUCUACUGUAAAGUGGGCCAAAGAAGGCAAGGCCAUCAAAACAGGUCAAAAGUAUGAGAUCAGCCAACAGGAUAAAGUGAUGAAGCUGAUCAUCCGUAAUGUGUCUGCCAAAGACUCUGGAGAAUACAGUUGUGAAGUUAUUGGAGGUGCAACUACCAAAGCUAAACUGGAAAUAAAGGAACCAAUCCAUAAAUUCAGUAAAACGUUAGAGGACAGCCAAGCAGACGAGAAGAGCUCUGUGACAUUACAAUGCGAGACAGCUCAGACUCCAUCCUCGGUGGUGUGGCUUAAAGGCCACACAGAGCUCAAGGCUGGAGGCCGAUACGUGAUGUCCCAGAAGGAGUGUGUCUUGACUUUAACCAUCAAAGACCUGGAAGAUGCAGACACUGACAUCUACACGUGUGAUGUGGGCACCGCCAAAAGCAUGGCAAAGGUGACAGUUAAAGCCCUGCCAGCACGUUUCAGUGAGAAACUAAAAAAUCAGACCAUGAAUGAAGGGGAGACAGCAAUGCUUUGUUGUGAAUUAUCAAAACCUGCUGACGUCCAGUGGAAGAAAGGCGGUGAAAUUCUCAUAUCUGGAGAAAAGUAUGACAUGAGACAGAAGAACACCUCCUGUGGACUUCAUAUUAGGAAUUUAAAGGUUGAAGAUAGCGGAGAAUAUUUUUGUUUGUGUAAAAAUGAGAAGACAUCUGCAACCUUGAAAGUUAAUGCAUUACCGACAACCUUCGUACAAAAGCUGAAGAGCCAGGAGGCUGAAGAGGGAGCCAACAUUAUUCUGACUUGUGAGCUGUCCAAACCUGGAGUUCCAGUGGAGUGGAAGAAAGGGUCACAGGUACUGAAAUCUGGAGAGAAGUACCAGAUGAAGCAGAAGGCCUCUGUGAACGAACUCCUGAUCAACAAGGCUUGUGAGGAGGGAGGUCGUGUCACUCUGUACUGUGAGCUCUCUAAAUCUGGGCUCCAAGUGGAGUGGAAGAAAGGAACUGAAUCCCUGAGCUGUGGAGAAAAGUACCAGAUAAAACAAACAGGCUGUAGAUAUGAGCUACACAUCCUUGAUUUGACACCUGGGGACACAGGAAGCUAUUCAUGCUGUUCAGAGGACAUGCUAAGCUCAGCUUCUCUUGUCGUAAAUGCUCUCCCGAAUAUUUUCACAAAAGAAUUGCAAAACCAAAGCGUGGAGGAGGGGCAAAGUGUGUCAUUACACUGUGAGGUUUCAAAACCUGAUGUUCCUUUAGAGUGGAGGAAAGGAGAGCUUGGGCUUUGUCCUUGUGCCAAAUAUGAAAUUAGACAAAAAGGACAUCUGGCAACUCUAGUAAUCCUCGAUGUAGAUCCAGAGGAUUCUGGGAAAUACACGUGUGACACAGGCGAUCAUGAAAGUACAGCACAACUCUCUGUGAAGGCCAUGCCUGUCCUUUUCAAAACCCAGCUACAGAACCUUGAAAAGCUGACAGGAGAGAGUGCCAGUUUUUGCUGUGAAACCACAAAACCAGGAGCCAGUGUGGUCUGGAGGUGUGGUGACAGGGUACUGACAACCAGUAGCAAAUAUCAUUUGAUACAGGAAGGAACUGUAGUUGAACUGGUCAUUUUUAAACUGCAUCAGAGUGACUCAGGAGAGUACUCCUGUGAUACAGGAAGUCAGAAGACCUUAGCUGUCCUCACUGUGAAGGAGGUGGACGUUAGCAUUCUGAAAUUCUUGGAGAGCUGCGUUGUAUGCGAAGGCGAGGAUGUCCGCUUUGAGUGUCUACUUUCUCAUGAGGAGACUCCUUUGGUCCAGUGGAAACUACAGGACGUCCCGCUACAAAACAAUGAAAUGAACCUGAUAAAAGCAGAGGGCCGGAAGCACAGCCUUACACUUAGAGGUGUCACCACAGCUGACUCUGGAACAGUCACUUUCUCUGUGGGUAACCACACUUCCACUGCUUCCCUGACGGUUACAGCAGCACCAAUAUCGUUCAAGAAGGAACUGGAGAGUCAGGAGGCCACAGAAGGAGGUGAAGCUUCCCUGUCCUGCGAGACAUCCAGCGAAGACUGCAAGGUGACCUGGCGGAAGGGCUCAACAAUACUCACCCUGGGAGAAAAAUACACAAUGCAGCAGAGAGCUACCACUCACAUCCUGGUGAUACACAAGUUGAUCCCAGAGGAUAGUGGGGAAUAUACUUGUCAUGCAGGGGAGAUGAAAAGCACUGCUAUCCUGACAGUAAAAGAGAGUGUACGCAUCAUCCGGGAGCUCUGCGAUAUAACUGUGAACACCGGCCAGGAUGCCAUCUUUGAGGUGGAACUGUCACACUCAGGCAUCACCAAUGGGGAGUGGUGGCUGAAAGAUAACCUUCUUCAAAAUAAUGACCUGAAUCAAAUGAGUAGUCAAGGCAGAGUGCACCGUCUGGUUCUGAAGAUGGUAACCACAGAUGAAUCAGGGGAUGUUGCCUUUGUACUGGGAGAGGUGAAGAGUGUUGCCUGUCUGCUGGUGGAGGAGAAACCCAAAGUGCUGAUUUUAGAGAAGCCACACGACUCGGUGGCAUUAGAGGGUGAGACGGUCACUCUUGCCUGCUCCAUCUCUGACCCCAAUGCCAUGGUCAACUGGAUAAGGAACAAUGUGACCAUCCGAGCAGGUCUCAAAUAUGACCUCAAGAAGAACGGAGCAUUCCAUCAGCUUCAUAUCCACAACCUGGUGCCCGAGGACUCAGGAACCUACACCUGUGACACUGGAGAUGCCCAGUGUGAUGUGACGUUGACUGUGGAAGGUGCCCCAGUGUUUUUCCAUAAAGAACUCAAGAGCCAGGAUGCCAUAGAGGGUGAUGAUAUCACCAUGCAAUGUGAGCUGUCUAAGCCAAGUGUGCGUGUUGAAUGGAGGAAAGGAGGUGUUGUCCUCCAGGCUGGUAAGAAGUAUGAAAUGAAGCAGGAGGGGUGCAUUCAUGAGCUCUGCAUACGGAAUUUGGAGCCUGAAGAUAGUGGCUACUACACCUGUGAUGCGGGAGACCAGCUGACUACAGCUUCUUUGGCAGUGAAAGUGAAAGAAAUCUUCCUUGUUUCUGGUCUAAAGACCACUGAUGUCUUUGUUGGAGAGUGGGCAACUUUCUCCUGCCAGCUGUCUGGUAUGGCGCCUGGUAAGGUGCAGUGGUGGCUUGAUGGCACCUUGCUCGAAAAAAGCCCUUCUAUUGAGAUAGGGCAGGGCCAGGACCACAUCCACACACUCACCUUAAAGAACCUGGCAACAGAUGACUCAGGAAUUGUCACCUUCAGAGUGGGCAACUUAACAUCAGCAGCCAAGCUCUUAGUAAAAGAUCCAAUAGUUGAAGUGGUGAGCGAGAUGGAGGACCUUCGUGUUUUUGAAAACCAACCAGCUGAGUUCAUCUGUCAGUUCUCGAGGCCAGUCAAGGCUCAGUGGAGAAAAGAUGGGCAGCCUUUGCAGCCUGAUGGCCGAAGGGUGGUAGUGGAGCAGGACUGGAGUGUGGCCCGUUUGUACAUUAACCCCGUGUCCGCUGAGGACAUGGGAACAUACUCCUGUGAGGCAGAGGGGACCUGUGUGGUUGCUUCGCUUUAUGUGGAAGCCAAACCCAUUAACAUUGUUCAAGGCCUGGAGAACGUGGAAACAUUUGAUGGAGGCGAGGCGCUCUUUGAGUGUGCCCUUUCUCGCCCUGAGAGUAAGGAUUUCGGCUGGCUUCUUGAUGACAAACCAGUAAAGGAUUCCCCUUUAACUGAGAUUGUGACAUUUGAGAGUGGUCUUCGUCAUCUGCUGCUGUUGAAAGAACUGCAUGUUAAAGACAGUUGCACAGUGACAUUUAAAGCUGGUACAGCUUCCACAUCCGCCCAGCUUGCUGUUAAAGCCUGGAAGUUGGACAUUGUGAAGGGUUUGGAGGACAAAGUGGCUGCAGUUGGAGAGAAGGUUGAAUUUUGCGUGAAGCUGACUGAGCCUGUCCCUGCAGCUGAAGUGACUUGGUACGCUAAUGGGGUUGAGCUCAAGCCCAGUGACCUCUGGGCCAUGAAGGCUGAUGGAAGCUCCUAUUGGCUUGUCAUGAGUCAAGUCGCUCUUUUACCCAAGCAGGAAAUCACCUUUGCUGCUAGAGAUGCUUUGUCUUCUGCCAAGCUUACCAUCAUCACUGUACCUGAUCCUCCAGAGGACCCAGAGAUCCUAAGUAAGACUACAGAGUCUGUUACUCUCUCUUGGUUCACUCCUCUUCAUGAUGGAGGGAGUCCCAUUCUGGGCUACAGGGUGGAGAUGCGGCUGGUGGACAGUGCCCUCUGGCUUCCAUCUCAUUCUGAACCUGUGUGUAACACAGAAUUUGUGGUUGAAAAUCUCACUCCCGGAAGUAGCUAUAGGUUUAGAGUUGCAGCCAUCAACAGAGCUGGAACCGGAGAGCCUUUUGAACUUCCUCACACUGUGCAGCUUGAGGCACCAGUGCAGCCAACAGUUGCAGAUGCUAAGGAGGCAGAAGUGUUGGGGCAACCUAAUCUACCACCAGAAGCAGCAGAAGAAGGUGAUCUCCAUGAGUUGUGGGAAGCAUCAGCUAAGAAACGACGAAUGAGCAGAGAGCCCACUCUGGACUCCAUCUCUGAACAACCUGAGGAAGAUGGUAAAGGUGGUCGGACCAAAAAAGGGCAGAAUGAGCUUAUAUCAUCAGAUAAAACAGAAGUAAGAUCAGCUGAGAAGGAGCUCGUCAUUCAGACUCAAACCAACCUGUCAAUUAGCUCAGAGGAAGAGACUGUUUCUGGAGGCUCAACGCUUGUGUCUUACCUAAAAAAGAGUAGCGAGACUGCUGUCACGGAAACCAGCGAGACAGAGACUCUCUCUGCUGAGAAGUUCUUUGCUCAUUUCCAGAUGUCAGAGCAGAAAACUAAAGUAACUAACACAUCAAGUCAGCAAACUGUUGAAAAGCUGUCUACACAAGAAAGCAGCAUUAUGGAGAUCACUAAGGAGGAUGAGCCUGAGCUAAGAGAUGCUGCCAUUAAGAUACAAGCUGCCUUCAAAGGCUACAAGGCUCGUAAGGACAUGCGUCCUGUGUUCAAAGAGGUCUUCAAAGAUCAAACCAAAGAACCAAAUGGCACCAUACAUCUGGAAUGUGUGACAGAUGGCAAACCGGAUAAAGUGUGCUGGAUGAAGGACGGAGAAACUCUGACAGAUGGCAAGCAUCAUCACAUUGAUAUUUAUAAUGAUGGCACCUGUGCUCUUGUCAUUACUGCUAUCACCACAAAGGACACAGGGGUCUACACUUGUGAGGUCACCAACAAGUUUGGAGUGAGUUCUCACAGUGCCAAAGUGACAGUGGGAACAGUGAGGGAGUCCUCGGGGCGACGGCCACUGACGGUGGGUUACAGUGCAGACAGCGAGCCUGAGAGCUCAUCUGGUAGUGAGAUGGAUGAGUCUCUGAGGCAGGCAGGCAGACGCCUCAGACGGCUGCUGCGCACACGCCUCCCACCAGAUGUUGAAGAGGAACCAUUUGUCAGUGCAGAUGAAGGGGACUUCAUCCCAGAUCCACACUCUUACCGUGAGGAUGACAAUUACAUCUACAUUCGCUUUGACUCACGGACCGAGGCUGAGGUUGCCUCAAAGAGAUUCCAAGAGAUGUUUACAGUCCACGGAGUCCCUGUAGAGACCACCAUCAUAGCAGCAGGGUCCCAUAAAGUGGAGCUACGAAUUAAAAAGAUGAGCUACAUUCAAGAUGGCACACAGACCCCCACACAGGAUCGUCAGGCUGCUUUUAUGGCUGGAGCUGCCGCUGCCCCAGUCUUCUUGACUGAGCUGCAGAGUCAAGAUGUUCCGGAUGGUUAUCCAGUCAGUUUUGACUGUGUUGUGAUUGGAAAGCCACCUCCCACUGUACGCUGGUAUAAGGACGGCAAACUACUUGAGGAGAACGACCAUUACAUGAUCAAUGAGGACCAAGAAGGCUGCCACCAGCUCAUCAUCACCACGGUGUUGCCCACUGACAUGGGUGUCUAUCGAUGCACAGCUGAAAACAGCAGCGGCAUUGCUGCCUCAAAAGCUGAACUGAGAGUCGACAUGUCUUGCAGCUCAGAUUAUGACACAGCCGCAGAUGUUACUGAGACAUCCUCCUUUGUCAGUGCCAAAGGCUAUGCAUCCAGCAGGGAAACUGAAGCUUUUGAGUCUGUUGCCGAGGACGACCAGCUACCACAGGUUGUAGAUGAGCUUCAUGACGUUCAUGUCAGUCCAGGUUCACCCAUUGCCAAGAUGCAGCUCAGAGUAAAAGGUUUCCCCAAACCAAAAGUAUACUGGUUCAAAGAUGGCCAUUCUCUACAACCGUCAAAAAGAAUUCAGCUGUCCACAGACAGAGAUGUGCAUGCGGUGGAGAUCAUUGAAGUGAAGAGAGAGGAUAUGGGGGAGUACUCUGCUUACAUCAGCAAUGCUGCUGGUUCUGCGUACUCGUCUGCCAGGCUGAUCGUGCUGAGUCCAGGCGAGAUUAUGCCACAAGAGAAAAAAGACUCUAAGGAACCCCUAGUGCCACCCCGUUUUCUUGAGAGGUUCAGCAACAGAAAAAUGAAACAAGGAGCUAGUAUCACUCUGUCUGUCAAAGUAGAAGGAUCUCCUUCUCCUGUGGUCUCCUGGCUCAAGGAGAAAUCAUCAGAGGAUGUCUUGUGGAUAAAGCCUGAGACCAAGGGAUACAAAAUGGCAAGCUCUGGGCGCCAGCACAGCCUCAUCCUGAUGGAUGUUGGCACAGAGUACACUGGCACUUACACGUGUAUUGCAGCAAACAGGGCAGGACAGUCUAUCUGCACUGCACGCUUGGAAGUGGAUGACACACCACAACCAAAGAAACAGACCACAACUUCAGAGGUUCUUGGGAUUAAAAUUAGUCCUCCAGAGGAGGAGACAAGUAGAGGAAAAGAAGGUCAAAUACCCUAUCUAGGGGAAGUGGGCACAGAGGAAUUCCUCAUGAAACUCACCUCUCAGAUCACCGAAAUGGUGUCAGCAAAAAUCACUCAAGACAGUUUACAGAAUCACGAAGUGCUCCAGUGGAUGAAAUCUUGGCCCAAAACUACCACUUCAUUACGUGUACCAGGAGCUGACAGUGAUGAUGAGACCAAAACUCCUUCUGCAUCACCUCAUCAUGGCCGUUCCCGCCCUCCCUCCCUGAUUGCAGACUCCUCCUCAGAGUCUGAUGAAGGGGAUGCCAGAGGAGAGAUGUUUGACAUCUACGUUGCAACAGCAGACUACAACCCCACAACUGCAAGCAAAGAUUCCAUUUCUCUAAAGGAAGGACAGUAUGUUGAGGUCUUGGACUCAGCUCAUCCUCUCAAAUGGUUAGUCCGGACCAAACCAACAAAAACAACACCGUCCCGUCAGGGUUGGGUCUCACCUGCCUAUUUGGACAAAAAACUUAAACUCUCUGCUGAGUCGGGUGACCUCCCAGAAGCGAAUAUAGAGGAGGUGUCUGAGGGGGAAUACAAGAGGAAAUUAUUCCAACUUAUCCAAGACUUGAUAAAUGGGGAGUCGGAGUUUGUGAAAGAGGUGGACUUCUUUGCCACCCACCACCAGAGGCAAGCUGAGGGUCCUGAUGCUCCGCCUGAUGUGUCCGGCCAGAAAGAGACCAUUUUCAGGAAUAUUGAUGAUAUCCAGUCCUUCCACAGCAAAUCAUUCCUUCCGAAGUUGAAUGAAUGUGAUACUGAUGAUGAUGUAGCCAUGUGCUUCCUGAGGAACAAAGAGGGCUUUGAGAAGUACCUCCAGUAUCUUGUGGGUCAGGGUCAAGCUGAAUCUGCAAUCAGUGACAAGACUGUCCACCACUACUUUAAGGAAUACAGUGAGAAUGUGCAGGCCAAUGCAAACCCUGCUGAUCCGCCAGUACGAAGCAUCAACGCCUACCUCCAACAACCACUGGAUCGGAUUCAAAAGUACAAGGCCAUCCUGAAGGAGUUAAUUCGAAAUAAAGCAAGAAACGGCCAAAAUUGCUGCCUACUAGAAGAGGCCUACGCAAUGGUGUCUGCACUCCCUCAGCGCUCUGAGAAUACACACCACGUAUCCUUGAUUGAAAACUAUCCAGCUACUCUGGAAGUUCUUGGAGAACCAAUUAGACAGGGUCCGUUCCAAGUCUGGGAAGGAGCGCCUGGAAUUAGAACAUCCUCUAGAGGUCACCACCGUCAUGUAUUUCUCUUUAGGAACUAUUGUAUUAUCUGCAAACCCAAGAGAGACAGCAACACUGAUACACAAGCAUAUGUUUUUAAGAACAUGAUGAAGUUGAAUAACAUCGAUGUGAACGAAACAGUAGAAGGAGAUGACCGUGCCUUUGAAAUCUGGCAUGAACGAGAGGACUCUGUGAGAAAAUAUACUUUACAGGCCCGAACCGUGACCAUCAAGAACUCGUGGCUAAGAGACUUCCGAGAACUGCAGCAGAGAUACAGCAUGCCUGCAUGGAGUCCUCCAGAUUUUGUGGAAAUUUUGGCAAACUGUACAGCAGAGUUGGGUCAGACCGUUAAACUAGCCUGCAAAGCCACUGGGGUGCCUAAACCUGUGAUCACCUGGUAUAAGGAUGGCCGUACGGUAGAGGCGGAUCCUCAUCACAUCAUUAUUGAGGACCCUGAUGGAUCCUGCACGCUGAUCCUGGAUAACAUGACUGCAGAUGAUUCUGGCCAGUACAUGUGCUUAGCCACAAGCUCAGCUGGCAAUGCCAGUACUCUUGGAAAAAUCACUGUUCAGGUACCCCCUCGUUUCGUAAAUAAAAUGAGAAACGCCAUCUUUGUUGCUGGUGAAGAUGCUCAGUUUACCUGUGUCAUACAAAGUGCUCCCAGCCCCAAGAUAAGAUGGUUCAAGGAUGGCAGGCUGCUGACGGACCAAGAAAAGUAUCAAACCUACAGUGAGCUCCGUAGUGGGGUUCUGGUUCUGGUUAUAAAAAACCUGACGGAAAGGGACCUUGGACACUACGACUGUGAGUUGUCUAACCGUCUGGGCAGUGCAAAGUGUGCUGCAGACUUGGUCCUCCCUUCUGCUGUGGCUCGCACUGGUGAGCAGGCCAUCACCAUUGAAGUUACAGAACAGGAGACUAGAAUACCAAGGAAAACCAUCAUCAUUGAGGAGACUAUUACUACUGUGGUGAAGAACGCACGAAUGAGAAGGCACAGGUCCCCCGGCUUGACUGUUGCCGGUUCCCACCGCUCUGAGACUUCCACUCCUGAGCCCCCUAUGACCAGGGUGAGGAGGAUGCCCACCCCAAGGAAGACCACCAUCCCAACUCUCUAUGUCACUCAGCCAGAGGGGGCUGAAGCCAGAUCAGUGGAGAGCAAGCCCAGAUGGGUCGAAGUGGAGGAGGUCAUUGAGUAUAAGGUCAACAAGUCUCCAAGGCUGUCCAGGAGGAGAGGAAUCUCACCGGCGGGGUCCGAUCGCUCAGCCACCCCUUCAAGACCCAAGAGACAUCCCAUGGAAAACCCAAAUGCUAACAACUCCAACAACAAGCUGGUUGGGAAAACACCAGCACAUCUGCCAGGGGACAUCAGCAGCCAGUCAGUCUCCUGGGAGGAAGGGGAGUCUCAGGCUGCCUCUGCUCCCGGGGAGCCAGAGGAGCUCCCAUCUGUCCCUGCGGGAGAAGACAGCGACCUGGAUGACCAGCAAACUAUCAUCUUUGAACCUGAUGAUGACGAUAAUGAAGGUGGCUCAUUCAGAGAGAAGGAGACCAUGGUCCUGAAACAAGGAGAUCAUUUGUUGACCCUGGAGGACUUGGAGGAUUAUGUCCCUCAGGAAGGCGAGACGUAUGGUUCCACUAACACCCACCAAGUUGUUGAGGAAAAGCCCUGUGAGAUCUCUGUGCUACAGAGAGAGAUAGGGGGCUCCAGAGUGGGACAGCCAGUGCUUCUCAAUGUGGGGCGGCCGGAGGUGGUGCCAAGGCACAGGAGUGGAUUCUUCACCCGUUUCAGGGAUCAUCUCUCAAGCAACCUCUUCUCAACUGCCUCCCCACGAGCUAGUGAGGCUUCUCAAAGAACUGAGAGACAAAUCCCAAUCCAAGUGAGCCACGCAGAGCUGGAGGUGAAGCCGUCCUACUGCUCAGAGGUUCAGAGAGUUGAAAGUGGGCAGCAAAGCUUUAAAACCAAAGUGUCCACUCAGACCUACAGUUACACAUCAGGAGGAAACCCUGUCACUCUUCAAAUUAGAGAUUACCACUCUCAGAACAAGUAAAACACCUUAGACCGAGUACCACAAACCCUUUUAGUCUUAAAUAGAU